GAGAGACAGAACAUGGUGUUUAUCUUUGUUAUAUUUUCUGAACAAUUCUUAGGUAACUGCUCUGUUGCUGACUUGCCCCGAUUUGCUUAUUCUGAACAUGACUCAGUUCCAGAACCUGUUCCAGAGGGCUACCCUGUUACAUAUACCUGCAAAUUAGGCUUUGUAAGGAUUCCUGAAAGGAAAGGAAACACUGUGUGCCGAAAUAAUACUUGGUCACCAAUAGAAGAACCUUGUACUGGUAGCUGCACUGUUGCUGACUUGCCUCGAUUUGCUUAUUCUGAACCUAAACGUGGCUUAGGUCCAGGGCCUUUUAUAGAUGGCUUCUUUGUUACAUAUACCUGCAAAUUAGGCUUUGUAAAGAUUCCUGGAAAGAGAAGAUACACUGUGUGCCGAAAUAAUACUUGGUCACCAAUAGAAGAAUCUUGUACCGCGUCAAAGUGUGACGAUCCCAUUGUUGAGCAUGGUACAAAAAUAAGUGGAUUCAAGCAGUUAUAUAGUGAUGGUGACAAUGUGACAUUUGAAUGUAACAUUGGAUAUUUCAUGAUUGGAAGUUAUUUCAUUCAGUGUGACAAUAAUACCUGGUAUCCCACAUUGCCAUCUUGUAAAACAAUUGUUAAAGAUUUCUGUGGUGCUCCAAUACUCCCAUAUGGGAUGGUAGAGCCAGUGAGGCUUCAAUAUCAUAUUGGAUCCAUCAUUGCUGUAUACUGCAAGCCAAACUAUUCUUUCCCCGAUGAAACCAUAGAGAUGUCUCUAACAUGUGACGGCUUUAAUAUAUGGGAACCUAAUGUACAGCCUUGUUUCCUCAGAACUUCACCUGACACUUCUAAGUUCUUUCUUCAUAAUGGAAAAAUAAUCCAUGGAAAGAAAAAAAUCUAUGAGCCUGGAGAUAACAUUACAGUUGAAUGUCAACCUGGCUAUGCAUUAAAUGGUCCACGUGAAAUUCGAUAUGUUGGUGGGGGGAAGUGGUUGCCUGUACAUCCAAGGUGUUACCUGAAUGCUUUUUUUACACUACUAAUAUCAGGUAUGUAUGCAUAUAAGCUGCGCCCCUUCCUUGGUAAGUCUGACUUGGCCAUGGUGGUCCACACUCUGGUUACAUCCAGAAUAGACUACUGCAAUGCUCUCUACGUGGGGCUGCCUUUGCAAACUUCUUGGAAGCUUCAAUUAGUCCAACAGUCAGCAGCCAGAUUGUUAACUGGAGCGGUGUACAGGGAGCGUACGACUCCUUUGUUGCGCCAGCUCCACUGGGUGCCGAUUAGCUUCCGGGCACAUUUCAAAGUGCUGGCUUUAACCUUUAAAGCCCUGAACGGCUCUGGCCCAGAUUAUUUGUCUGAACGUAUUUCCUGCUAUGAACCAUCACGAAGCUUAAGAUCAUCAGGAGAGGCCCUGCUCUUGAUCUCACUACCCUCGCAAACGCAGUUGAUGGGGAUGAGAGACAGGGCCUUCUCGGCAGUGGCCCCCUGUGGAACUCCCUCCCUAAGGACAUCAGGUUGGCCACCUCCCUCCUGUCCUUAAGAAGACAACUGAAGACCUGGCUCUUGGGCAAGGUGUUUGAUUCUAUGACAGUGACAAUACGAAAAGGAAUUUGGGUUUGAUUUUUGGUUUUACUGGCAUUAUAAUAUUAUUGUUAAAUGAACUUAUUGGCUGAUUUGUAUGAUGUUUUAAAGAUGUUUUUACUGUUUUAAUUGUAUUCUUAUGAUGUAUAUGUUGCAAGCAUUGUUGAUGCCUAUGUGAGGUCUCCCUGGGUCCCCCCUUGUGGGGAGAAGGGCAGGAUAGAAGUAUACGAAAUAAAUA